AUGACAGAUACCCUAAAGAAGCUUGCCGUGGAAGACUCCGAGUCCUGGUCGCUCCACUUGGAACGCAAUGGACAAGGCAGACGCCAAUUGAAGCACCACCACCAUAACAAAGAUGUGGACGCUUCAGAGUUGGAGCUUCAAAGGGAAGAAGACUUCAAGCAGAGUCAAAGAGACGCAGAAGCUGCUGCUGCCAAGAAGCGCCGCAAGAAUGAAAAGAAACGGGCCAAGCGAUUGGCAGACCUCUAUGCUGACCCAGGCAUCCAAGAGCAAACCACUCAUGGCAUGGUGAUUGACGCUGGCAGCAGUGGAAGUCGCCUCCACCUCUAUGAAUGGGAGCCUCGUGUCCUGAGGGAUGCGAAGGAUGUAGAGGCGGCAGUAUCUGGUCGGAAACUCAGUUUUCCAGGUACCGAAACACGUUGGACGGAGCGUCUGAGGCCGGGUAUUUCCACUUUUUCCACCAUCACAGACCAAGAUGAAUUGGAAAAGGCCAUUGCAGACUACUUGGAGCCUCUCAUCAGCUUUGCCGAGUCCAUUCUUCAUGAAAAGGAAGACGAAUUUCCAAACUUCCGCAUUUACCUGAGGGCCACAGCAGGCAUGAGACUUCUGUUGGCAGAGGAGAGAGCCCGGAUCAUGGGGGCAGUCCGAAAGCUCUUUGCCAACAACACGUAUUGCCCCUUCUACUUUGAAGAUGAACAGGCUAGGACUCUCUCAGGAGAAGAAGAAGCCAUCUAUGACUGGUUGGGUGUCAACUUCCUCUCCAGCAACGGGGGAAUCCUCCAGGACUCGGCUGGGAGUGGCGCUGUAACGGAUCCCAAAGAAACCUUUGGAGCCCUCGAUCUUGGAGGUGCAUCCACUCAAAUCAGCUUCUAUGAACCCAAUGAAGAUAUUAUGGCCAACUUGUUCAAGCUUCAGGUUGGCCAAGGCAAGCACUGGAAUGUCUACACCCACAGUUUUCUCUUCUACGGAAUCAACGAAGCUACAAACCGUUUCGAGGCCAGGUUGGCCAGUGGAAAGAGCGCCGAGGAUCGCCUUGUCAAGGGUGUCUACAACCCAUGUCUCCCUGGUGGAUCAUCCAAAGACAUUCGUACCAACAUUCACACGGACGAGAAUGGGAUGGAAAGUUGGAGCUACAACCACACACAUGUCUCUGGGAGCGACUACUACCAGGCCACUCUGACCAACGACAACAAGCAAAGUGACUUUGAACACUGCAAUUCACUGGUGGCAGACUUGCUACACAUGGCACAAAACGCCUGGUGCAACUUUGAUCAUCGAGGUGAUUGCUCCUUUGCUGGCAUUUACCAACCCAAGUUGCCACCACAGUCGGAGCGCUUUGGAGAAUUCAUUGCCUUCAGCAACUACGUCCAUAUUUGGGAGUUCUUGAAUCUUCCCGAACGAGCCAGCAUUGCUCAAUUGGAGAACGCCACCAAGCACGCCUGCAGCUUGAGCAAGGAAGAAACCAUUGCCUUCAACAAUGGUCGCAUCGACGAGGAUGAAGUCGAACAGUACUGCUUCAGGUCUGUGUACGCCUUGAACUUGUUGAGGGGGUAUGGUUUCAAGGACCAAGAUGAGAUCGCAGCGAAGAAGAUUAUCAACGGGCACAAAGUGGGUUGGGCUAUUGGAUCCAUGCUCUACGAAAUCAACACUCUCCCAUGGGUCUACGAAAAGCCUCCACACAAGCACGCCCUUCCAACCCGCGACAAUGGUUUUGGUUACCACGAUGAGUACAACAUGUUGAAUUGGGAAGCAUUCGCGAUCGGCUUUUUGGUUCUCUUCGCCGGUCUUUUGUUCAUGCGGCGUCAACGCAGCGAUGCCUACAAGUACCAGUAUGAGCCUGUGAAGGAGGUCGUGUCCUACCAGCAGGAUGUGUAG